CCCUCCUCUCUCUCUCUCUCUCCACAUUCAGACUCCAUUACUUCCACUCAGCACACUGAGGUUUUUCCAGCCGAGCUCGCCAUCCACCCGGGGCCAUGUUUUGGGUUCACCGCCUGUCCCUCGGCCUCCUGCUGCUCCACCUGGCCACGGCUCACGUAGUCUUCUUGGACGGCGAGGAGGCCAGUCAGGUGCUGAAGCGGCAGAGACGAGCCAACAGCAUUUUUGAGGAGACUAAAGCAGGCAACAUGGAGAGGGAGUGUGUGGAGGAGCGCUGCAGCUGGGAGGAGGCGCGAGAGAUCUUCGAAGACGUAGACAAAACUAAUGAAUUCUGGGCCAAUUAUGUUGCGGUGGAGGACUUACUGAAGUGUCUUUACCAGAACGGACAAUGUGAGCAUUUCUGUGACGGCUCGGGAGAGAGUCUCAAAUGUUCCUGCGCUGACGGAUAUAAUCUGGGAGUCGACGGACGAAAGUGUAUCGCUCAAGUGGAGUAUCCGUGUGGUCAGCUGCCUCCACGGGAAACCGGUAUGAACCAGAGCGCUGUGGGUCAGAUCAGGCUGGUGGGAGCUAACCACUGUCCCAGAGGAGAGUGUCCCUGGCAGGUUCUGGUUCAGUUAAACGGAAGCAGUCACUGCGGAGGUGUUCUGAUCAAUGCGGACUGGGUCGUCACCGCUGCCCACUGUGUCCAUGGCAUCAACCCUCAGAACCUCGCUGUGGUGGCAGGGGAACACCACUUGGACGUUGAAGAGGGCACGGAGCAGAGGAUUCCCGUUUCCCUGGCGGUCGCCCAUGAAGCCUAUGUCCCAGCGACGGGUGACAGCGAUGUUGCCUUGCUGCAGCUGAGUCGCCCCGUCACCUUGAAUCGCCACGCCAUCCCCAUCUGCCUGCCCAUUAAAGACUUUGCCGAGCGGGAGCUCCUGCCGGUCCGCUACCACACCGUGUCCGGCUGGGGCAAGAGGACCGCCGGGGGCAACGCUGUGAAACCCAGCGGCCCGCCCGUUGUCCCAGUCUCCCCCGUCAUUCGCAAGUUUCCCGUCCCCAUCAUCCAGAACUCCCAGUGCUCCCAGAGAGCCCGGUUCAACUUCACCGACAACAUGCUGUGUGCCGGAUACCUGGAGGGUCAGCGGGAGAGCUGCCGCGGGGACGACGGGAGCCCACUGGUCACGCUUUACGGCUCCACCCACUUCCUGACGGGCGUGGUCGGCUGGGGGCGGGGCUGUUCGCACCCGGGGUAUUAUGGGGUGUACACCAAGAUGGCCAACUUUGUGGACUGGGUAGAGACCACUAUGAAAAAUCCGCCCACCAUGAAGACAGCCAAUGAGAAGAAAGCUGCAGUGACGGCUUUCGACACGUUGGAACAGAAAGUAGUUUAAUAAAAGAUGAUGGAAAGAUUUUAUGCUUCAAAUGUCUUAUUCAUCAUGAAACAUUAUUAUGAUUGUGAUGUCAAAGUGUUUUAAGUUUCCAGUUCCCUUUGUGGGGUAACAUUUUUUUAUUUACUAUUAAAAUAUCGAUUAAUUUGUGCUCACUGCUGAGGUUCUGGUCUACAUGCUGAAAAAAUGUUAUGGUGGAUCAUAGAAUGAGAGAAUCCUAACAGCGAAUGCCUUUUGAACAAACAACCUGUUCGGAUUUAGAAAUAUGAACCUUUAACAAGUUGUACAAACAAACAGAAUUCUUCUCUCGCUUAAAGAAAAGUGAGAUAACUUUAGUCAUGACAGGAACAGAAAUGAUUCAGUGAGAUCAAGGACGAGGUUUGUUAUUGUUUUCCAGCUUAUCCUCAUAAUCAUUCCCAAAUAAAGAGGUUCUUCCAUAUAUUGAUGAACUGGCGAAGUCACUGAAACUAUUAGAUACUCGCUUCUUUGCAGACGACCUCCCUUUUAGAGAAGCUCUUUCAUUUCUACAGUUCAAAUAAAAACAUACAUUUAAUAGAA